AGCAGAUAGUUAUGGUGUAAUGGCACGCAGGAAUAAGUCAUCCCUGUCCUCCAAAAAGCCCAUGAAAAGGUAUUUGGUAAGCUAUGUCUUUUCCAAUAUCAAAUCCAAUGUAUCACAAUCUGUGGACUUUCUACUCAAAAACUAGAUUGAUUAAUUGAUAAUUCAUUGCUGAUUGUUCACGCGCCCUGUAUGGAAGUAUAUAAAUGGUAAUCCGCAUACUCCAGGAAGAAUUGAAGCAAUCUCAAAAGAAAAGAAGGGAAUCUGGAUCCUUCGUCGGAUCGUCAAAGAGCUUAGAGGGGAGCUCUACGCUUCACUGGCCAUGCAAAGCAGGGAGAGUGACGGAGGCGGAGGCACUGCUGGCUGCUGGAACGGACAUUAACAAGCUGGACAGAACGCAGUUUAACCCUUUCAUGGACGCGAUCAACUCAGGUAAAUCAUUCGACCGCCUUAACAAUAUGGGUUUAUUGGUAAUAGUAGCAAGAGGUUUUAGUCAUGCGUUUGAUUACAGCACAGUGUGAAACCCUGAAGCAUACGUCGAGCUCUAAACUCUGUUUUGUCUAAUAAUCAAUUAUUUGAAUAUUGAAGGAUUAAAUUUGGUAACUUGAUGAUCACACAAUUAACAGGACAGGUCGACUGUGCUAGAUGGCUGCUGAGGCAAGACGGUUUAAAGCUUCAGACCGAGAUAUGGUCGUUUUGUAGGGAGAGGGUGCUAGAGUCAUUGCUAACAGCUUAACAGAAGGUAGGGAGAGCGAUCCAUGGCUGUCCCGAUAGACCCACUCAGACUCCUGCCGGAAGAUACUCCUCCGGUUGAUCCAGAUGAGACAGUUCUAGCAGAUGAUCAGUUACAGACUGAAGAACAUAUCCCGCAGAUCAAUGCGUCAACAUCUGCAAAUGAAGCUGAUAUCAGAAUCGACAUGAUGAUGGUACUACACGAGAUGCUCAUGGAAAAGGUCUCCGUUUGCUUUCCUCCUCCCACGAGCAGUACAAAGUGUGGGUUCAACUUUAAUCUGAUAGAAGAUAUCGUAUGCGGAACCCAAGCCCGGCCAUGUCUGUACAUAAUAACGAAAGAAACCGGUUAUGCUGCGAGGGCGUUUACCUCGAUAGAUGUUGAAAAUGCCCACAGCAUUAUAAAUCAUUUGGACCGCCGAGGGGUCCAAAACUCCUCAAUCGAAGAGCUUAGUAGACAUGCCAGCAACCUACAGAGACUUCAAAUUCUCAGGAAACCUCUCUAGGACGGAAGCUUUAUACUCCGACAUCCACAAUUUACUACGCCCCUGAGAUCGACAAAGGUCUUUCUGAUAGAUUGACUUCCAGCCAAUUCGAUCUAUCGAAGCCGAGUGGGAAGAACAAAGAACUGAAACCCCAUGGUCGCAACGAUGCUCCUCGCGGACAAGGGAGAGUUAGGGCCAUCGGUGGUCACAAGACUGGAUAAUAUUUAUUUUUUAAGCGUUGAGGUUGUCACGAAAGCGUACUGUAACGGGACUAUCAGAUUUGAGUGAUUUGAUUUUGUGAUUUGCAGUUCACGUGAUUUUAUUGUGAUUUUAGACUGUAAAAACUAUAAAGGUUCAAGUUGAACUAUCGUCGCCAUGAUUAUGUAUUUUGGAACUGUUCACGUUGAAAUUGCUUCGUUAA